AUGGCACUCGACGACGAUGAGGUUGAGUACACUGAGUUGGCCGAUCUUUUCGGCGAUAUCGCCGAGCAGAGCAAUGUCGUUCGUCGACUCAGACUGCAGCGGCAGCAGCAGCGCGGACGUGGUGAGCAACGACAGGUGGAGGAGCGUCACUAA